CGUGACGUGACGUCACGAUGUGCGCGCAGGACGUUCUCAUUCAAUCUUCGGAUUUCGCUGCGCUCGCAAUUUUCAUCCGCUUUUCGCCCUAUCAAACCUUUUGCAAGCUCAAAUACAUUCGGUUGCUGAUAAAACUUGAAGAAGCUUCAUUUAUGCUAAAAAACUUAGGCUAUACAAUUGUGCUGGUGCGUGACUGUUGAAUGUGAGAUUCCACUGGCGAGAAUAAUAGAUAAUAAAAAUUGAUAAGAGGAAGGCAAUUAAAAGAACAAAUUCUGGUUUGUGUUAACAAAAAACUUAUAAAAAUGACGUCCAAAGUGCUGAUGAAACUACCAACAGUGCCCUUUCCUCAAGNAAAGAAAGCGCCACCUGAUCUGGUUUCUUUGAGUGAAAGGAAUGAUGGAUUCGCACAUGUUAGGCAUCAAAGCUUGAACAUAGACAGAGUGGUACAACUUGAACAGAACAUGAAAUUUUUACAAGAACAACAUCAGGCAACUUUGGUCGCUUUACAUCAGGAGAUAGAAUCUUUGCGCCAAAGAAAUAGAGAUUUACAAUUUCAAUUGGUAUUCUCCAAAAGAGCACAUUGCAAUGUGGCUAGCAGUCCUUCUUCUCCUGAAGAUAAUGGAAAUGGGUUUGCGAAAUCAAAGAAUAGCCCAAUGUGUGUCAAUGUAACACCUCUGCAAGUGGAGCUUUUGGAGAAAGACUUACAAGACAUCAAGGCGUCAUUACAAGAGGCCAAAACACAUAACCAAUAUUUAUCAAGUAUUAUAGAGCAGCAGAAAAAAAGGUUGGACAUAAUCAAAGAUCAAAAGGAUAAAAUCGAGAUGACAGAUGUAGGAGUUCAAGUCGGAGAUCCUGUACAAGCAAGCCUGGUUGUCCUUUUGGAAGAAUCGUAUGCGAUGGUAAAGCGAUUACACAAGGAAAACAUGGAUCAGAAGAAGGAAAUAGCUUCGCUGAGAGCGGCUUCCUCGGCAAAUAAUCCCGGUUCCAGCAGAGGUGGACGCUCUCGCGAUGGUAACAAUAGCCAUCAUAGCCGUACUUCGCCUACGAGUACAACGAUGCAGGAACAGAGCUCUCGUAAAUUUCCACCGUUACCGAUACCGAGCUACUGGCAUCGCAGAUCAUCGAGAUAUAACACAAAUCGGCACGAAAAGCAAGAUCAUCAGGCGGAUGCGGCCGAUUCGACCGUUUUACCCCAACUCCAGAACGGCAACGUAAGAUCAGCGGAAGCGGCUAAUAGUUGUUUCGAGUCACCAUCGUACCGAUCGCGCGAAUAUCGCAAUUAUGGUCGUGACGGCAAUAACCGCAAAUACAGAGGUCAAGCUUCGCGAAGGGAGAGUAAUCAUUAUUACCAUUCUCGCGAUUUCAAAGACAGAAAUUCUAAAGAUUAUCCGAAGGAUGCGGAUGACACUGGCGAAGGAUCAAAGGAUGCCGAUAAUCCACGGAGACAGUAGAUCGCGAAGUAUAAGUCGCCGAUUCGUAGAGAUUAUACAAUCUGGCGAACUUUAGUUCUUCGCAUUGGAAUGCAUUAAGAAUCUUUCGAUACUAUAACAACUAUAUAAGAAUAAUCGGUAACAAGCGAUCAAUGUUUUCUUGUACACAUUCACUGGUGCUGAUCAAUCAUGUCAGUCAGUUUUAUGCAUAUAUAGCUUGUAAUAGAAUAGUGGCGACGAUGACAAGUAUAAGCUGUACGAUUUUCAUGGAUGGAACAAUCUAGUCCAAUACCAAUUUUAUUCGUUAUAGACAUAAAGGAAUAUAGGAGAACUCAUGCUUUGUAGAUUGAUGAUAAGCAACAGCAGAGUGUUUAGCAAAAGACUUUGAUAGACAAGGAGGCUUUUCCCCUUCUUACACAGAGACAAGAAAAGACACGACCAAACUUACCAAGUGUUAGUCUUUUGGCUGAUGCUUACAUUUGACGAACUUGAGCUUAAUAUACGUGCAAUAUUUCAAUGCUAUCGAUGCAUGCAUGUAUGUAUAUUAAACUUUUGCUCGGUGAUGAAGCAUUAAAGAGCUGCUUCUCAGAAUCGAACCUAGUCAUUUUCAUGUAUUCUAUAUUAUUGAAACGGUAAAUCAUUUAACGAUCUUGCUAUUAUUCAUACACACAUAUAUAUACAUACAUAUGUAUAAUAUAUAUACAUAUAUAUGUAUAUAUA